AUGUAGGAGGAAGAAUUGUAUGAAAUAUUAGCCUAAUCGAAAGAUAUUGAUAAAAAUAUAUAUUGUGUGAUACUAGAAAGAUUGAAAAGAUAGAAAAUUUCAGAUUGUAUAGAAUUCCUUGAAAAAGAUGAGAAUUAAUUUAAUUAAGAAUUAUAUACUGUUUUGGUUCCUAAUUUAGAACAUUUUGAUAAACAAUAGUAGUUAAAUGCAUUAGAAAAUAACAUAAAGAAACUUAUUAACAUUAUCAAAAAUAUCAUUAAACAUGACUUUAAUAAAAAUAAUUAUUCCAAAAAAAUCUACACUAACAUACGAGAGGUUCUUAUUCAAAAAAUAUCAGAAGAAAAAGGAGUAGUUGAAUUUUUAAAAUUUCUAGUUCGCCUUACAGCUUUUGAUGAUAAAUUCAUAUAAUGUGGAUCAAAUUCGCUUAAUUUAUUAGCUAAUAUGAAUGUUGAUUUGAGGAAAUAAUGUUUUGAAAAUAUUAAAAUUCAAAAUACUUCUUUGAUUGGAGCCAAUUUUUUUAAAUCUGAUUUUAGAGGAUCAAAAUUUGAAAAUGUUGAUAUAAGUGGAAUUAAUCUAAAUAAGGCUUUACUCUUCGAUUGUAAAUGGAAUAAUUUAAAAACACAUGAGCUAUCCAAAUUAGAUGGUCAUAAAGGUAGUAUCUUUAAUGUAUGCUUCUCACCUGAUGAAAAUAUAUUAGCAUCUUGUGGUUUUGAUAGAUCAAUCUGUUUGUGGAAUGUUAAGAGAGGAAAAAAAAUAUCUCAAUUAAAAGGUCAUAAUAGUAUUACAAAAAUUUGUUUCUCACAUAAUUGCACUAUAUUAGCAUCCUGUGGUGGCGAAGAUAAAACUAUCCGUUUAUGGAAUGUUAAGACAGGAAGAAAAUUAUUUAAAUUAAAAGGUCAUAAUGGUUGUGUUUAAUCAAUAAAUUUCUCUCCUGAUAAUACUACAUUAGCAUCUAGUAGUUUUGAUUAAUGUAUCUGUUUAUGGGAUAUUAAGUUAAGAAAACUAAAAUAUAAAUUUCUAGGUCGUAAUGGAACUAUAUAUUCAGUAUGUUUUUCCCCUGAUGGAACUACAUUAGCAUAUGGUAGCGUAGAUAAGUCUAUUCGUAUAUGGGAUGCUAAUUUAGAAGAAUAAAAAUUUAAAUUAGAAGGCCAUUGUAAUAUUGUACAUUCAGUAUGUUUCUCUCCUGAUGGAACUACUAUAGCAUCGGGCAGUUUUGAUUGGUCUAUUCGUAUAUGGAAUAUUAAAGCAGGACAGUAAAUUUUUAAAUUAGAUGGACAUAUUGAUUGGGUCAAUUAAGUAUGUUUUUCACCUGAUGGUAAUACAUUAGCAUCUUGUAGUAAGGAUAAUUCUAUUCGUAUUUGGGAUGUUAAAACAGGACUUCACAAAUCUAAAUUAGAUGGUCAUACUGACUGGGUUAAUUCAGUAAGUUUUUCAUCUGAUGGUACAGCAUUAGCAUCUGGAAGUGGAGAUAAAUCUAUUCGAUUAUGGGAUGUUAAGACAGGACUUCAAAAAUCUAAUUUAGAUAGUCAUAAAAAGUGGGUUAGUUCAGUAUGUUUCAAACCGGAUGGUACUACUUUAGCGUCUGGUAGUAGAGAUAACUCUAUCCGUUUAUGGAAUAUAAAGACUGGAUAACAAACAUUUAAAUUAGAUGGCCAUACUGAUUGGGUUAAUUCAGUAAGUUUUUCGCCUGAUGGUACAGCAUUAGCAUCUGGAAGUGGAGAUAAAUCUAUUCGAUUAUGGGAUGCUUAGACAGGACAUCAAAAUUUUAUAUUAAAAGGUCAUCAUAAAGAGGUUUUAAUAGUAUGUUUCUCAUCCGAUAGUAAUGCAUUAGCAUCUGGUGGUUGCGAUAACUCAAUCCGUUUAUGGAAUAUAAAGACUGGAUAACAAAAAUCUAAGUUAGAUGGUCAUACUGACUGGGUUAGUUCUUUAUGUUUUUCACCUGAUGGUGAUACAUUAGCAUCAGGUAGUAGAGAUAACUCUAUCCGUUUAUGGGAUGUGAAAAAAGGAUUACAAACAUAUAUUUUAAAUGGUCAUUUUUAUUAGGUGAAUUCUGUUUGCUUUUCUCCGGAUGGUAGUAUUUUGGCUUCUGGUAGUGGAGAUAACUACAUCCAUUUAUGGGAUGUUAAGAUAGGAAAAACAUUAUUUAAAUUAAAGGGUCAUAAUCAUUAAGUCCAAUCAGUAUGCUUCUCCCCUGAUGGCACUGUCUUAGCAUCUAGUAGUUCAGAUAACACCAUCCGUUUAUGGGAUGUUAAAACAGGACAACAAAAAUCUAAAUUAGAUGGUCAUUUUAAUCGGGUUAUUUCAGUAUAAUUCUCACCUGAUGGUGCUAUAUUAGCAUCUUGCAGUGCAGAUUAAUCAAUCCGUUUAUGGAAGGUUAAAAUAGGAAGCAGAAUAUCUAAGUCCAUCUGUUAAGGGGAUGUUAAAUUAGAAAAGCAAAUUGAAUUUUCUGAUAAGAUUUAAUCAGAUAUUCAUACUAACUCUUUAACACCCUAUCAAAAUAAAUCAUUUUUAGACUAAGACUGUAAAGAUUUCUUUUAUUUUAAUAGUUGAUUCAAUAGUCACAAUUCUACUCAUCUCUUAAUACCCGACUUUAUAAGUCAAAGGAGCGAAAAUCUAAAAUAGUGAAUUUAUAACUCAUUAAGGUAUAGAUUUACAAUAGUUAUUGAAAUAAAAGGGUAGUUUUUUUUUAGAAAGCUAAUUAAAAAUUCAAUAAGACGCCGUUAAGUAUUGA